AUCUUCAAAAAAAAAAAAAAUCGGCAACACGCAUGUUCUGUGCAGCUAAAUUCACUUUAGUAUUGUGUGGGAUGUACUGUGUACACUAUACUCUACUGCUUCAUUGACAUGCACUUUUUUUUUUAUCUCAUAUUCCAAAUAAGAUGAACUAAAUAAGCAAAACAACUUUCAUUGUGAUGUGUAUUUCGACACCACAGUUAAGUGAAAAAAAAUGGUGUAGAAUAACAGUGGUGCCUUGAGGUAUGAGUGACGCAAAGUUUUUUUUAGAUAUGAUUUCUUGUGAGUGCAAACUUGAGAUGCGAGCGUUUUAUGGUGGCAAUAAACUCAAUUCAACUCGCUUCACAAUAAGCAGCACUUUGGCAAAUAGUGAACUUCAUCAAAAAAGAGGUUUCAAGCUGUUUAAUGCCUCUUCUAGUUGAAGUUUACUGUCUACCUAAACAAAACAAAUAGAAUUACUUGGAUAUUUAAAACAAACUAGGUUGCCUUAAGAAAGGCCUGCUAGCUUAAUGCUAACUUAUAAUGAAAAAUCCCAUUGACAUGAAAAUUUUGCAUCGAUGCGACCCUAUCGAGGAUAACCGGUACAGAAGAUGGAUGGAUAGUCAUAGUUUUACAACCCUUUAAAGCAAUGUAUAUUGGGACACAUGGUGGAACAAUACACGUAGCCAUAAUAUAACAAUACUCAUAGGCAUAUAGUUUACAUCCUAUGGAAAAUGACUAAUAUUACAGCAGCUUGAGUAGAAGUCUUUUUCAUUUGUAUCUGCCUCCCGGUGGCCAAGUCGGGCACACCACAAGGAGCAGCACACUGAAUUGGAUUGCAGCAUUAAAUCAUGAUGCACAAACAGUUAAUACUUUACAUUCUUCUUAAGCGCAUGCGUGGUCAUGGAACAAAUUAAACCUGUAUCUCAAGGCACUGCUGUACUUAAUUUUAGCUCCACGUGUUUUGAGUAAUCGGGUUAUUUUACGGGUGGCACGUCUGCCUUACAGUUCUGAGGGUUUGAAUUUUGCAUUUGGCCUUCCUGUGUGGAGUUUGCAUGUUCUCCCCUGCUUGUGUGGGUUUUCUGAGGUUACUCCAGCUUCCUCCCACUCCCAAAAAAAAGAUGUUUGUUUCAUUGAAGUGAAUGUGGAUUAAUAGUUGUUCGUUUAUAUGUGCCCUGUAAUUGUCUGCUGACCAGUCCCGGGUGUACCCCGCUUCUGGCUCAAAGUCAGCUGGCAUAGGCUCUGGCUCAGCUUAACCCAUAAGUGAGGACAAGCGCUUUAGAAAAUAGAUGUGUUGUUGUCGUCUUUGCAUUAUUUCUAAAGUUUACACAAGCCCAUUCAGGCUUUUCUGCCAGAUUUGGCAUUCACACCCUCCUUCCCCUCUUCUUUACAUUUUCGGAAGAGCAGCUUUUAAAUGAUACACCACAUUAAAUGGGGCACAGGUUAAUUGACAUCUUGAGAUGGCCUCUCCUCCAUUACCAAAAGCUUUUAGUGUAGUUCCUCCCCUUCGGAAAAAUCCCACAGGAUUCCGCUGCACUGUGGUGUCGUGCAUCAGGCCAUAUUAACAAGGCAGGCGGUUUGCCAGUGUGCUCUAACGGGGGGAAGUCGGCCGACGACACUGGUGGUGGUAGAGAGGUUUGGGUUCAAACGCGAGGCUGAUGAUGCCUAAGUACACGGAGGUUUGUUAAAAGGUGGCUUAAUUCGAGGUUCAACAAGUUGGUUUUUAAGAUGCAGACACUCCCGCCGCACAUGUUGUCGGCAUCCUGGCACUCGGACUCCAAUUUCUGUCAUGAGUUGCUCUUCCUCCACUUCCUGUUGGCUUAUCUCUUGAGUAAACUCCUCCUGUUCCUCAUCGGUUUUGCUGCAUGUUGCCACAUUAUAUCACAUUGUCACUUCCGCUGUCAUCAACUUUCAUGGCUGAAUUCAAAAGAAAGAAAUGAACAAUAAUGGGAAGUAUCAUUGGAUAACUAGAAGAGAGGCAGCGUUUCAAGGGAAAAGUUGUAAUAGGCAGCGUGUUACCAACCUUUAUUGAGUUAUGGCACAUCCCACGAUACAAAAAGUCUACACACCCCUGUUUAAAUGCCCGGUUUGUGUGAUUUAAAAAAAAAUAAAAUAAAAAUGGACCAGGAUAAAUCAUUUCAAAGAUUGUAUAACCUGAACAAAAUAACAGAUUUUUUCCCCCCAUCUUUUCAAGAGGGGAAGUGAAAAUAAAUAAGACAGUUGCACCCUCUUAUGCGUAAUUGUGAUGUGGCUGUGUUCAGAAAUAACCAUCCAUCCAUUUUCUGAGCCGCUUCUCCUCACUAGGGUCGCGGGCGUGCUGGAGCCUAUCCCAGCUGUCAUCGGGCAGGAGGCGGGGUACACCCUGAGCUGGUUGCCAGCCAAUCACAGGGCACAUACAAACAAACAACCAUCCGCACUCACAUGCACACCUACGGGCAAUUUAGAGUCUCCAAUUCAUGCAUGUUUUGGGGAUGUGGGAGGAAACCCACGCAGGCACAGGGAGAACAUGCAAACUCCACACAGGCGGGGCCGGGGAUUGAACCCGGGUCCUCAGAACUGUGAGGCAGACGAUCUAACCAGUCGCCCACCGGUCUAAAUUCACUACAAAUACAUUUCAGAUGUUCGAAGUCGAAAAAUGUCAACCUUGGCAACUGUAACACAUUUUCCAAUGUGUUUGGAAGAUUUUAUGGUCCAAUGUAAGGAUGUCCACUUCUAUGCCUUUCUGUGACUCUUCCAGUCUCUCCAUAUCACUGUUGCAACCUACUAAUGACACUGUGAUACUCAGUUGGACAUUUGCAUUUAAAAGUUUAGAGGAGGUGAAAUUAAGGUUUCCAAGUGUUCUUGAUGAAAUGUAAUUGAUGAAAAUCCACCACUUCUUUUUUUUCUUUUUUUUUUUGUUAGGUGACACCAGGAAACCUGAUGUGUGUGUGUGUGUUUUUUUGGGGGGGGGCUGAAAAAUAUGAAUACAGUUAUUCUCGUAAGAUUAACUAUAGUGUCUUACGAUCACAUUUUCUUGUAGUUUCAGGAUAUUUUUUCUGCUAAUAUUACCCCUUUUUUUUGUAACAUUUGGUAUGUUUCACUGUAGUGCAGAGCACAACGUUUCUUCCCUCUGCAAGCUAUGAUCGAUGUAUACGUAUGUUCAUAGACGCUCUGAAGUUGCACGAGGACAAGGGGUUGCAUAUCACCUUUAUUUGCAUAAGGGCUAAAAACAAAUGGUGUGUCAUAUUUGCAUCAAUUUCAUAGUUUUCACUGGGGCAAUAACAGGAAGUCUAAUCGUCUACUUCUGGGAUCUUUGCCACCCCUCGUAUAAGCAUCAACGUGUUUGGUCACGGAUCGCAUUGCAAUGAACUGACCGCAAACAUAAUGGACCCACUUAAGCAAUGACAGUCCAGUCGAACACACACAUACAGUUCAUACGCUAUCGUUGCAUGACUACAUUAUCGCAAGCAUUAAUACUGCUGGUGCGCAUGAGUGUAUUGAGAAGUGGUCGUAUAGUAUGUCGCCGUUAUUGUCAAUUAUACUACUCUCUCUAAUGCAUUACAAUACAUUUAGAAUGAGGCCUUAUGAGGGCAUGCACACUUGGAAUCCAAUUUAUUUGAUUUGUACUUGUGCAUUACGCUACAUGAUGCGGUACAAGUGAUGUUUAAUGAUGACAAUUUAAGUGUUUGGUUUUAUCAUAGUGAUCUAUUUGAAGUGGUAGCGCUUUCUUGAUGUUUUCAAGUUUUAAGAAACUCUUCUCUUAACUAAGACGACUGGAUGGAAAUGCUCCUGUCAAAACGAUAAUGGAAGUACAAAAGGAAGACUAGAUGAACAGGAGAAGAGAUUAAAACUGUUCAAACAUGAAACUAUUUAAACAUAAUCUAAAAAUCAUAUUUGGAUGUGAUACCAGGAUGAAAAGCAAGUGUGACAGUCACCACGUGUCCACGAGGGUGUUACUUUUAAUUAUUUUAUUUUUUGGUACUUGUCUGACGUGUUUUUAUAAAUGUUCGAUUCCUUUGUCUGUGUCAAUUUACAAUUAUGAGGUAUGUAUCUCAUACAUUAUUGGCUAUUAUCAUCAUUACUAUAAUAUCAUUUAAACAGAAUAAAUGUUUAUAUAUUGAACAAAAAAAAAUGCAUUUUCCAUAUACACAAAAUGGUUAUUUUUCUCAAAUGUUUAAAAAUGUGUCAGGGAGCACCUCCCCCUUGCCGAGACAAUCCAUCUACCUUACAGGUGUGCUAUAUCAACAUGCUGUUUAGACAGUAUUGUUUUUGCACAAGUGUGCCUUAAGCUGCCCACAUUAAAGUGCACUCUAAUGUGCAUCGUUUUUUGUCAUUUGAUAACUUUUUUCUUAUUUGAUUUUAAUAUUUUAGUACUUUCCUGUGAUUGCCUGGCGACCAGUUCAGGGUGUCCAGCACACCCGCGACCCGGGUGAGGACAAGCGGUACGGAAAAUGGCUGGAUUGAUUUUACUAAUUUCAUUCAAGAUAUUAAGAUGUCAUUUUAUCUUAUUAUUUAUUAUUAAUGCUAAUUAUUUGUCUUUUAUUGUUAUUUCUUGUAAUGUUUCCGUAUUUCAGCAUUAUUUUGUCACCUUUUAUUUUCAGUUAUUUUCAUGUAUUUUACUUAGGCUUAUUUUAUACAUGCUGCUAUUCAUCAUUCCAUUUCAUUUGUUAUUUUAGUAUUUAAUUGCUUAUAUGCCCUAUAUAUAUAUUCAAUGAGGUUUUUUAUGUCAUUCUAUCAUUGCUAUUGUUUAUUAUAUUGUAUUCCUGUUGAAGUAUGUGUGUUUUCUGUUGUGCAAAUGCACUCUGGCACUGGGGGUUUGUGGUAAAUGGAGAAUGAGGAUAAAGAGGGAGGGACACUUUCUUCCCCUCAUUUGCACAGAGGAAGGGGAGGUCCAGCGAUGGAGUGGCAGAAGAAGAGGGACAACCAUCAGCCAUAUCUUCAAUAAAUCCCAGCUGAGCUCAGGUCAGUCUUCAAAGAGGAGUCCCCUUGUAUCAAACUGGCUUCCACAUCUUUGCCAUAGAAAUCUUCAAAUAUUUUAGUCCCAUACACCUGAGAAGCGGCCGGUGUUUUCCAGCAAGACCACCAUGGUGUGGGGCUGGGUCACGAACUUCUUCACCUACGAGACCACCAAAUCCGUGGUGGUCAAGAGUUGGUCGGUGGGCAUCAUCAACAGGAUCGUGCAAGUCCUGAUCAUCACUUAUUUUGUUGGCUGGGUGUUCAUUCAUGAAAAAGCCUACCAGGUGUCCGACACCGGCAUAGAGUCGUCCGUCAUGACUAAAGUGAAGGGCUUCGGCUACCAUCAAAACCAGCUCAUGGAUGUGGCGGACUACAUCUUCCCCCAACAGGGUGCAGCUGUGUUCUGCAUCAUGACCAAACUCAUCAUCACUGAGAAUCAGUUCCAAGGAAAAUGUGCAGAAACUGGGAAGAGGUAUAGCUGUAACAUAGACACCGACUGUGAACAACAUCUUGGUUCCAUCCUUACAAACGGGAGGAUUACAGGUGCUUGUCUUCACGGCGGUGACAGGUCCAAAGGUCAGUGUGAGGUCGAGGGAUGGUGUCCGGUCGAGAACGACAGCAUCGAGAUGGAUCCCAUGGUCGACGUGGAAAACUUCACAAUCUUCAUCAAAAACAGCAUCCGCUUCCCUCUCUUCAACAUCACCAGAGGAAACUUUCCAUCCAACGUGACGUCUGAAGAGAUAAAGAAGUGUAAAUACAACACUGAAACCAACCCCUUCUGCCCCAUCUUUCAAGUGGGCGACAUACUGAAGUACACUGGACAGAAUGUGGCUGGCCUGGCGAAACAGGGUGGCGAAAUCGGAAUAAACAUUGAGUGGAAGUGUAAUCUAGACCUGGACAUUGAGUAUUGCGUACCCAAGUACGCUUUCACCCGACUCGAUGCCCCUUUUGCCAAGAACGCUGUCUCUCAGGGGUUCAACUUCAGGUUUGCCAAAUAUUUUAAGACUCAGAACGGCACUGAAUAUCGGACACUGCACAAAGCUUUUGCCAUCCGUUUUGAUGUAAUGGUCACCGGCAAAGCAGGAAAGUUUAACACAAUCCCAACUCUGAUCAACCUGGUCGCUGCCUUCACUUCCAUUGGACUCGGUACAGUUCUUUGCGACCUCAUCCUCCUAAACUUCCUAAAAGGCGCAGACCAGUACAAAGCCAAGAAAUUUGAAGAGGUGUCGGAGGCUCAGAUAGAAGCGUCCCUUGUGCAGAGCCCCAGCAGCCAGAUAUCCAUCAAAGAAGGUAUGAAGAGCUCCUGCGACUCUGGAGCCCAUUCUCUGGCCACUGCUGACCAGCCUGUGUGACACAGCCAGGUGUGGGUUUUACUGUUCCCUCCAAUCAUUAAGCCUUUUCAAGACCGAGGAUACUGUGGAUUUUGUUCAACAAGCUUAAGGAAUUGUGUAAAGAUGGAAUUCGCUGCAGAGCGACUUCCUGGAGUAUUUACAGUAUGAUAAGCAAACGCAGAAGAAAACAUUCAAGAAACGUUCAUGAGUAAUUCUAUAUUUUUUUAUUUUUAUUUGUUUACUCACAAGAUACAAGCAAAAGAGCAAAAACAUGCACAAAACACAUUUUCACUCAAUGACCAAGUCACCAAUCUUCCAAAAUGUAAUAAACUGAGCUACAAGGUAUUCAACAUUAAAUGUAGCUACUGUUGGAAGUCUUCCUUACCCUUUCCUUACCCUUAUUGAACAACUCUCGCCACAACUUCCCGCUGCGUGUUCGUUGCUUUUCCAAUGAAAGAUAACCAAAGAAUGAACUCACAAUCAUUUCAAUUGCUCCAGAACUCAACAAGAUUACAAGAUCACAGACACGCACACACACACGGAACUAUUUCUUUAGCUAGAAUAUUUGCCCAAUUCCAACUCUACCGACAAGAGAAAGAUAGCCGAGUAAGAUACUAAAAAUGAAAAAUGUAGCUAAACUACAUGAAAGUCACUUUGGUUGGGUGAACCUGAUAAAAGAAAAGGUACGUUUUAAUAAAAAUGAAUUAUCUAAAGGGAUGUAGACACAUGGGGUAUGUUCGGAAAUGCACUCCUAGCACGCUCUGUACUCUCCAGACUGUUGGGAAACUCAGCGCGUUGUUGGACUGUGUUGUUUGGUGGGUUAUUCAGAGCGCACUCUGGACGCUCGGAUUGGGGAGACAGAGCGUCAGACAGUCAGGCAGAAUGACCAAGCAAGGCGCUUAUUUGUAAAUUCAAAGAAAGCCAGCGCGCUCUGCCUUUCAGAACACUUCACUCUCAGAAUAGAUUUAGGGCAUCAGAUUGAAUUUUUGAACGUACCCAUACCCAUUCCCAAAAACAUGUUGCAGGCUGUUGAUGUUUGCGGAGUUGUGAUGACUAGCCCAACAGUGCUCAAAAUAGUCUUCUGUAAUGGAAAUAAUUACAUUUACAGUUCACUGGUACAUUGGCUUGUGAAUUUAAUUCGUUCCGUGAACACGCUCGUCAUGUAAAUUACUCAUAUCGCAAAUGUAUACAAUUUAUACAUUUCCCCAUUGAAAUGAAUGGGAAUGCCAUUAAUCCAUUCCAGCCCUUCCCCAAAAAUAAUAAAUAAUAAAUAGAAUUGAACAGGUUCAAGUUGGGCACUUGUAAGUCAAGGUAGAAAUGUUAUAUUCAUCUUACAUCAUCUGCCAAUCGCAGGGCCCAUAUCAACAAACAACCAUUUGCACUCUCAGUCACACCUACGGGCAAUUUACAGUCUUCAAUUAAUUAAAACAGCCUACUAUCAGCUGACGAACAUAUCCAAAGUGAAGGCUUGCAUGUGCCAAGCAGACCAGGAGAAGCUCAUCCAUGCUUUUAUCUCAAGUAGACUUGGCUAUUGUAAUGGUCUUCUGACUGGACUCCCCCGAAAGAGCAUGAAACAACUGCAGCUCAUUCAGAAUGCUGCAGCUCGGAUUCUGACCAGAACAAAGAGGUCCGCGCAUAUUACUCCAAUUCUAAGUUCUUUACACUGGCUCCCAGUCAGCUUUAGAAUAGAUUUUAAAGUUCUGCUACUGGUGUAUAAAUCACUAAACAGUUUAGGUCCUGAAUAUAUGAAUGAAAUGCUAAUGUAAUAUAAACCCAGUCGGUCUCUGAGAUCGACAGACUCAGGUCAAAUAGUGGAGUCCAAAGCAAACACGGUGAAGCAGCAUUUAGCUAUUAUGCUGCACACAAAUGGAAUAAGUUGCCAACAGAAGUGACGUCAGCCACAAGUGUGCAUGUUUUGAACUCCAGGUUAGAAACUUCUUUUUUCCCAUGCUUUCUAGAGCAUUUCCACUUUUAAAUGAUAUUUAUUGCACUGUAGGCUGUUUUAAUUGUAUUUUUAUUUUGUUUCCUCUUUGUUUUAAAUGUUUAUAAACUGUUUUCUUUUCUUUGUUUUUAAAUGCUUUUAAUCAUAUAAAGCACAUUGAGUUACCUUGUGUAUGAAAUGCGCUAUAUAAAUAAAUGUCCUUUGCUUUGCUUACAGCACAGGCAAGAUUCUUUGAAACGUUGCCAUAGAAUUAAAACAAAAACUACUUUUGCUUAUUUAUAGAAGAAGGAAAAAAGGAAACAUUAAUAAAUAAUUAAAGCUGUUAUUUCAUUUGCAAGCGGUUCCGUUUUACAGGAUUUUUACGACAGUUAACGAUGAGCCCCCGUAACCUCCAUAAUAUUAUAGCUUCUCUUGUUUGCUUUGCUUACUUGAAGCCUAAUGAGGAGAAAUGUAUCACCCAUACUUGCAAGUAAGUCCUCUUCCUGACACAAAAUAAAUAUUCAUGUGUGUCUUCGUGUGUGCCUUUAUUGCAUGGACAUUGUGACUGAACCACACAAAAAUUGAGCUACUUCCAGC